CCAACACAUGCAGUCUCAGAGUCUCCUGUUUCCAGAUUUCAGGUUUUCAAGUGAGAGGAGAAAUCCGACCAUGGCAGCAAGAAAUGAACAAGUCUCUGAAGCUCUGUUGGCCACUCUGAAGAGACUUGGACUGAAGAGGUUUUAUCCCAACAAGCUGACUCUUCGUUCUCUCUUGGAGAUCAACAAGGACAAUGUAUGUGACAGAACUGUUUCAUCUCUGGAGGACAUACCAUGGUGUUUUCUCAGAAAUCUUUUAAAGAUCAAUGCUGAAUGCAGAACCUGUACACAGUUACCUUCUAAGGAGGAUGACAAUGAUCUCUUUGAUUUAGACCUUUACACUGCAGAUAACAAUGACAAUAACAUCAAUGUUCUUGAUCUCAUAGUAGCACUCUUCCUUUGUGCUGACAGUUACUUGCAACAAGAAAUGGCCCUCAAAAUGUCUUUAUGUCAGUUUUCUGUUCCACUGUUGCUUCCCUCUGGCGGCAGCAGCCAGUGUAGUCUAAUGCUUUGGAGUCUGAGAGACAUCGUCAAAGACUGGCGUCCGUCUGAUCUGUCUGAAUCCAGAGGUUUUGUUGAAGACAGCAUUGUGCAAGCAAGCAUGCCAUUCUAUUCCUUUGUGAGACUGAAAAACUGCAGCUUAUCAAAAUCAAAGUUGCUGAAUCAUGUUCUGAGCCAUGGCCAACAGAACCAAAAUGUCUUCAUACACAGAGAUACAGAAGGAGGAUCACCUCAGAGGGAAAUAGCUAAUGGACUGGUAGAGGUUUGCUGGUACCUUCCUUGUGGGAGAGAAAAUCUUGAUAUAUUCCCAGAGCCAGUUGCAUUUGCCAAUUUAAGAGGAGACAUUUGUGAAUCACUUGCACAGUUCAGCUUUCUAAUUCAAGUGUCAACUGCCACUUUUGUUCUCCUGGACAGAGUUGAAGAACAAGAGCGGAAGAUUCUGACAUCUCUAAAUGACAUGAAAUCAAAACUCUUUUUCAUUUUUAAUCACAAAGAUGAAAGUGCUAGAGAGGACAUGAUGUCUGUCAAGACAACACUUGAAAGCUUACAUUUACCAAAAAGCAAUGUACUAACCAAAGACAAGAGAGUAAAUGUUGCAGCAUUUUCAAAGAAACUCUCUGCAGCCAUCAAGACCUCACUGACAGAUUCAUCUAGCAGGAUGAGCAUUGAAAACAUGGUUGAACAAGCUGAGGGACUUGGUCUGUCUGUGGAUGAAAGUAUCAGUAAUGAACAAAAGAAGGUAGCUGGGCAGAUGAUGAAAGGAAUUGGGGUCCGAACUAUCCCAGACUACAAGAAGCAACAACUGUCUCUGCAGGGACAAAACUGGAAGAGGUUGUCACAAUUAGAAAAGGAGGAGUGUAGAUUUAUUAAUGUUGGUGACUCAGGACUAGAAGAAUAUAAAUCUAAGCUACAAGAAGAAAAACAAAAAAUCAAACAGGAACUAAGUGGCAAAAAAAUGUCAAAAGCAAUGAAGAUUUUUACUGACAACAUUUCUACCAGUGAGACGGACAAAAGAGAUUUUUUCCUCAAGUGGCUGAAACUCAAGCUCGAUACACACUCACGACUCAAACUGUCUACACUGCGAAACCAGUUCAAAGAGCAGUGCAAGAACGAAGAUGCAAAGCGUGUUGCCGAGUUAGAUCAAGCUUUGCUGGAGAGCUCUUUGGGAAUAGAACAUUACAUGAGAGAGAUGGGACUGAUCUACGAGUUCUUGCAGUCAAAAAACUCCUCUGAUGAAAUAUCUUGUCUCCCUGGUUUAGCAGCUGAAAUGCUGUUAGAUGGACAUCCUUUAGAGCUCCUGGAUGGAGAUGCUUCCAACAUCCCAGAGCAAUGGGUGUCAGAUGUGCUGAUGGAGCUUCACAAGAAGGUUGCAGGGAAAAGCAGAUUGUUGGUUUUGACAGUGCUUGGUGUUCAAAGCACUGGGAAGUCAACACUGCUCAACACCAUGUUUGGUGUGCAGUUUCCCGUCAGCAGUGGAAGAUGUACAAGAGGAGCCUACAUGGUCUUCCUCAGAGUUGGAGAGGAGCUCAAAAGUGAACUGAGUUAUGAUUUCAUAGUUCUCAUUGAUACAGAGGGUCUAAAAUCUCCUCAUUUGGCACAACAGGUUGACAGUUAUGAGCAUGACAACCAGCUGGCAACCUUUGUUAUUGGUUUAAGCGAUGUCACCAUUAUCAACAUUGCCAUGGAGAACUCCACAGAAAUGAAAGAUGUCCUGCAAAUUGCAACUCAUGCAUUUUUGAGAAUGAAGGAAAUAGGAAAAAAGCCACAAUGUCAUUUUGUACAUCAAAGUGUUGGUGGAGUUUCAGCUCAUUCCAAGAACAUGGUAGAAAGGAGACACCUUUUAGACCAACUCAAUGAAAUGACUCAAAUUGCUGCUGAAAUGGAAAGGCAGCCUGCUUUUAAAACAUUCACAGAUGUUCUGGACUAUGACAUAGAUAAAAACAACUGGUACAUUCCAGGACUCUGGCAUGGAACCCCACCGAUGGCGCCAGUGAACACCGGGUACAGUGACGCUGUUGCAGACUUCAAAAACAAUCUUCUGGCAACAGCGAAAGGAGAAACAAGGCCUGAUAUUUCACAGAUCCCAGACCUUCUUGAAUGGAUGCGAAGCCUCUGGAGAGCAGUGAAAUUUGAAAACUUCAUUUUCAGUUUCAGAAACACUCUUGUGGCCAAUGCCUACGACAACUUGUGCAAAGAGUUCAAUCAAUGGGAAUGGGAUUUCAGAAGAGCCAUUCUCUCCUGGCUGUCAGAGGCAGAAGUGGAAAUCCGCAAUGCCGACUAUGAUUGUGAGCAAAAAUCAAAUGAUCUGGUUGAUUCAAAAAAGUCUGAGCUUGCAAAGAAAAUUGAGGAACAACAGAUGAAAAUGCAGCAGAAUCUUCGGGACUAUUACAAACGGAAAAACGCACAUGUGCAUUUGAUAGAGAAAUAUAAAAUGGACUUCUUCAACAAUAUCAGAAGUCUUGCAGCAGAAAUAAAAUAUUCAAUGAGUAGAAAGUUGGACAAUGUCUUUACAGUACAACAAAGUUUAAAAGAGGUUCAGCAAGCUCAGAGGAAAUACAGAGCAAUGAUUGAAGAGCAGGUGAUGAAACUCUUGAGAGAAAGCAAAGAGCACAAACUGUCUGACAAACAGCUGACAGACGAGUUUGAAAAGAUGUGGGUCAAAGCCACCGAAGAUAAGCAGGGCCUGCAGGAACAAGAUAUAACAGAAAACAUCAUGAGCCUGUUGAGAAAAAGUUUUGGAAAUCGGAAAUUUAAUGAAGAAUUACAGGAAAAUCCAGAACUAGAGAAAAUGGGCAUGGAUCCAUUCAAGGCAACAUCAAAGCACGUAAAACAUAGAUUUACAGUUAAUAUGUUUUCAAAAAGAGCCAUCAAAAGAGACUUACAAGCAGCAGCCGAUAAUGCCAUUGAGUCCUGCAAACAAUAUGUACAUGAAAUCAUGAACUUAAACACAGAUUACUUUGAGUUUUACACAAAGGAACUUCUGGACAAAAUUGAUGCCAUCCUUCAAAAAAACAGCAAAGACUGCAAAAUCAGCUUUGAAGUUGACCUCAAGCUUCAUAUUUGUGGCUUUGCCAGAAGGAAAUUCAUUGAAAUGCACAAAAGAUUUCUGGCAGAAAACACCCCUGUCACUCAGAUGGAGAGGAAAAAGGAUCAGUACUUGUCAUGUUUCCUUGAUCUAUAUAAAGAGAGAUUAAUAGACCAGAAAGCUCAAAGCCAACAGAAGGCAAAGGACUUUGUUGGGGUUUGUAUCAAACCUGCUGUUAAAAACUUCGUUAACAGAUCUCAGGGAAUAGACAUCGUGGAUGAGAUUUUAAAAGAUCGCGCUUCAGUGGAGUACAGUUCACGUUCCUUUUUCCAGUACAACAUUCAGAAAGAGUUGUUACAAAAAGAAGACUUUGACAGUUUUGAAAAGUACAUCUCUAACUAUGAAAUGUAUGCUAAAAACUGGAUAUUUGAGCACAUCCUUCAAAGACUGUCUGAGGGAAAAACACUGUCCAAACUCAAGAACAGGAGUCUGCAGAAUAUACUGAACAAAAUCAGAGAAGCAAUCAAAAUGGCCUCAAAAGGCAAGGAUGGUGUUCUACUUCCAGAUAACACCGAAAGCAUCACGAAGCUCAUCGGCAACAUGCGUGAACAUCUGGUUAAAGACAUCUCAUUGUCAGAUGAGGAUGUACAAACUACCCUGUUUCAAAUACAAGCAACCUGCCAUCCAUUUAUUGACGGCCUCUUGACAUCUCUAAAUAGGCUGCAGGAGCAACUUGAGAAGCAGUUCUCCUGCUCUGAAGAUGUCUCUGAAACACUGUACAAACUUUCAAUCAAACCACAGGAUGAGCUUUUCAGGAGGGUGAUUGGUUGUGGCAAACAGUGUCCAUUCUGUAAAAUUCCCUGUGAAGCUGGAGGCCAAGAACACCAGCAACACCGAGCCACUGUGCAUAGACCGCAGGGUCUUGGUAGAUUCCGCUAUGAUGCCAGUAGAAAACUGCUUGAAACACUGUGUACAACUGAUGUGCAGACUAAUCGUAAAUUCAGAAAUGCAGACACUAAAGGAGAAUAUCAUCCUUACAAAGACUACACCAAGUUUUAUCCAGACUGGCACAUUCCUCCAGACCCCACCAUCGAGGCUUCUGACUACUGGAAGUACAUUCUGGUAAAAUAUAAUGACAGAUUUGCUGAAAAAUUUAAAUCCGAGCCAGCUGAUGUUCCACAGGCCUGGAAGAACAUCACAAAGGAGCAAGCAAUGAAAGGCCUCAAAGAUGCUUUCAACAUAAAGUGAAUGAAGUCAGCAAAUGCCUUAAAAUAAAGAGAAGACGAAGAAAUCCUGAAUACACAAUCCAGAAUCAAAAGGAUGCAAGUCGACACACAUUAGGGAAAAACAUCAGUCUUGUUUUUAAUUAAUACCUCGUUUGAUCAUUUUAUAAGCUGACUGAAGAAUUAUCUAAGAAAACAAGAUUUCGGUUUAAUUAGAAAUAAUGAAACAAAGCAAUCUGGAUUCACACAGAAAUACAACGUAAUGUAGAGUAAAGAUGGUUUCGACUGUGUUUCUAGUUAAUAGAAGCUGGACAUGUUCAACAACUUCUUAUUUUCAUUUUCUUUUUAAAGACUGUAAAUGUUUUGUUGGUAGUGAAAAUGAUCAUCUACUGCAAGCACAACAUGAAAAAAAAUUAUAUUUAAUGUUUUUUUCUUUCAAAGAUUAUUUCAAGUUUCUUUAAUUUUUGUUCUUUGUGGCCGUUUAUGAUGGAUGGUGUGAUGAAGACAGUAAGAUUUAACAUCAGAUACAGUGUGUAAAGGAGGUUUUCUACCAAACCUGUCAGAGUAAUUCAACCUCCGCAGCUGAUGUAUAAACUUGGUAACUUGUUAUAUGAAGACUUAGAUAAUGUUGUCAAAUCAUGUAAACAUGACAACAAAGGUAGUUAAAGUGUCUUAUUUCUAAUAUUUUCUUCUUUAUUCAUUUAAUGCAGCAUUAAUCAAAAUGUGUUUAUGCCUAUAUACUACAAAGAUGAACUUAGAUUACUUAACGUUUAUUUCUCUUUUUCAAAUAUAACAUUUUAAAGUGCAAAAGAAAAUGAUGUCCAGAUAAUGUGGCCUGUUUAAAUGAUUUUUGUACUUUUUUAAUAUAUUUUGAUGCAUUGCAGAGGUAACUGACAGUAAUGUAAAUACAGAGGCCAUGUCAGUAAAAUUUAAAAAUAUGUCAAAACUACUUUGAAAUGUUUCCUGUUCUACUUUUUAACAGUAAUGAGACACAAAGUCAGAGAAUAAGAAACGUGUUCAUAUAACUGACAUUACUGUAGACGCUUAUGUGAGGUUUAGACCAGAAAACAAGGAUUUUUCUGAUAAUUGUAAUAUACAAAGAUAUGGCAUUUUAUCAACUAUGUCUUAUUUUAUAUAUAAUUUUCCAGUUGCUAAGUAGUACAGUAAUGAGCCAGAUGAGCAACGGUAUGUUAAAUGAACUUUUUCUUUGUUGAAUAAACAUUCUGAA